AUGGAGCUCGACCCAGAUCUCUAUACGGUCGCCUGGAUCGCCCCGCUGGAAAUUGAAGCCCGAGCGGCCUUGCAUAUGUUGGAUAACCGCCACAUGGGCCAAUUUCCAUGGAGUUAUGGCUAUGACUAUUUGUUCCAUGCUGGUGAUAUCAACGGACAUAAUGUCAUCCUUGCAACUUUACCAAGUGGGCAGGUGUACGGCACAAGCUCAGCCGCUGCGCUCGCGAGCCAAAUAAAAACAUUCUUUCCGAAUAUACGCUUUGGGCUCCUAGUUGGUGUUGCGGCUGGCCUUCCUAAUUUCUCACAAACUCCCUAUCGUGAUAUUCGUCUCGGCGAUGUGCUUGUGGGACUCCCGGACGGUGAGAGCGCAGGCCUUAUCGCAUACGAUCUGGGUAAAGAGACUAAAGAUGGAUUUCAGCCAUUGCGUUGUGGACAUAUGUUAGCCACAACAGAAAGUAUUGUCAGGGCGGCAAUCGGUAACAUUAAGCUGGAGUCGCCUAAUGAUAUAGAUAUCUGUCUUCCAUUUUAUGACACCAUUAAACACAAGGAACACGCGAAUGGCACGUUUAUUGAUCCAGGGCAGGAUCGAGAUAAACUGUACGAAGUCGAUGAAUAUGGGAUUGAGAAUUUAGUUAAUCGAGAGCGGCGCCCGGACUCCAGACGUGCGCGCGUAUGGUACGGUUCUAUUGGGUCGGGUGAGAAAUUAAUUAAAAAUCCUCAGAAGAGAAAUGAGUUGCGAGACAGAUACAAUGUUAUCGGCCUGGAAAUGGAAGCCGCUGGGACUAUGAACCAUAUCCCGGUUGGUGUGAUCCGAGGAGUUUGUGAUUAUGGGGAUGAUCAUAAAAGCAAAGAAUGGCAACCAUAUGCAGCGGCCAUGGCUGCAGCCUAUGCUAAGGCGGUUUUGUAUCAGAUUUAUCCGAAAAGUAUGCCGACACAGCCUCUAUCUAUCUAUAUAAAUAUACGUCAGACUAAUAUGAUCUUCAUCAGCGGUUCCGAUGAAUCAGCGUGCCGCAGCUCCAUCCGAGAUGGACGCGAUAUCUACGAUCAAUGCCAGUAG